ACGGCUCGACCUCAGCAGUGAUAGAGCAACAGAGACCCGGAGAAGCGCCCUGCUGCAGCUGUGAGAAGACGUGGGAACUGAUGAUCAUCUGUUCUCCGUCUGUCAGAAGGAGACAAAGUGAGAGGGCUCCCCGAGCGGGGGGGUUCAGAGGCAGGUGUCGUGUGAGCUGCCACGUCAAUGAGGACACCAGGCAUGGCUGUGUUCAAGCACCAGAACGUGGAGGAUUUCUAUGAAACUCAAGAAGAGCUGGGGAGUGGACAGUUUGCAGUUGUCAAACGUUGCAAAGAGAAGAGCACCGGCACCGCAUUUGCAGCCAAGUUCAUCAAGAAGCGUCACAGUCUGAUCAGCAGACGUGGCGUGAAGAGAGAGGAGAUCGAGAGGGAGGUGAAAAUCCUGCAGCAGAUCCAGCACCCCAACAUUGUAGAGCUGCACGACGUAUUCGAAAACCGCACCGAUGUGGUGCUGAUCCUUGAACUGGUCUCCGGAGGAGAGCUGUUUGAUUUCCUGGCCCGGAAGGAGUCCCUCUGUGAGGAGGAGGCCACUCAGUUCCUCAAGCAGAUCCUCAACGGGGUCCAAUACCUCCACUCCAAGAACAUUGCACAUUUUGACUUGAAGCCUGAGAAUAUCAUGCUGCUGGACAGGAACGCCCCUCUGCCACGCAUUAAGCUCAUAGACUUUGGACUGGCACAGAAAAUAGAGCCAGGGGCAGAUUUCAAAAACAUUUUUGGCACGCCCGAAUUUGUGGCUCCAGAGAUUGUCAACUAUGAACAGCUAGGACUGGAAGCAGAUAUGUGGAGCAUCGGAGUCAUCACUUACAUUCUUUUGAGCGGAGCAUCUCCUUUUCUUGGUGACACAAAACAAGAAACAUUGGCUAAUAUCUCAGCUGUGAGCUACGAAUUUGAUGAGGAGUUCUUUAGCAGUACCAGUGAGCUGGCCAAGAGCUUCAUCAGACAGCUUCUGGAGAAAGACACAAGAAAACGGAUGACGAUAGAGGGUGCCCUGAAUCACCCGUGGAUUAAGUCCUGCAACCACACGGAGGAAGAAGCAGCCACGUCUGGUGCCAAGAUGAAAACCGAGACGCUACAGACCAAACGUCUGAAAGAGUACACAGUUCAGUCUCACGCCAGCGUGCUCCACAACAACACGUAUGCUAACGUUGAGCGAUUUGCACAUGUGGUGGAGCACAUCGGCGUUAUGGAGGCGGAGCUAUCAGAGGUGUCAGGGGCUAAUCGCACCCUGCAAUGUGACGUAGAAGCACUGAUCUCCAUCUACAACAACAAGGAGGCCCGGUGCAAGGAGGAGAGUGAUGCUGUGAGGAAACAGCUCUCUCAGACAUGCUACGAGAUUCAUAACGUGGAGACAAGCAGGCGGCUGCUGCAGCAGGACAUCAAGGCUUUGGAUAUUAGUGUGGAAAGCAUCAGUAGGAAGUUUAACCAAAGGCAGAGCCAGCUGGACGCCCUGAGGCAGGAGCUGAACUCUGAGCUGCACUGGCUGCAGGAACUGAUUGGUCCUCUGCAUCCUGACGGAUCCAACGAUGGCUUCCAAAGUACGAACGUGAAGAAGGCAAUGAUGGAACUGCUGCAUCAGUCCUGCAGAGCUGAACUCCAUCCAGAGACCAAACAGGCUCUCAAAUAGUCUGGAUGACAUUCAGCAAUUAAUCAAUCAGUUAAUUUCUUCAGUGUCAACGGCACUUUAUUAGCAUAGGAACAGGAGAAAACACUUUCUUGAUUUGUCAAGUUAAAGGGAUGCUAUGCUACUUCAUAUUUUUAAAUCAUUUUCUGGAGUCAGUGUGUGCUGAAAUAACCCUUUACAGGGUUAUUGAAAAGUCACUCAGACCCCCACUGCCCUCUGUGGCCAAAAUAUCACAUUUGCAACUUCAGAGUGCAACUCCGGUCUGUUGGACUUGGGAAAAGAUUGAGCUGACAAAGCUGGCGCUGCAGUCUGAUUCCAGUAUGUUUCCUGCUUGUUUUAGAUUAUGAUCACAGCUGAUUUGUUUAAGUUAGUGAUGAAUCAUUCCUGUAGACACCAAGGAAGGCUGUGGAGACAUUUCAGAUGUUAGAUUAAGGUGUUAAAAUGGCAAACGCACAGCGAGGAGAUGCGUUUUGGUUCUACUAAACAGACACUAGGGGGUGCUAAAAUCAAGCCUAAACUUCCUAGUCUCCCUUUAAAGAAAGAAGCUGAAAAUGAUUUUUGUCUUUAAUAAACUCAACGUGCAACAGUACCCACGUGAAUCUGACAGUAGUAGCAUUAAAUGAAGUAAUGGUUUUAUUGGUUUUGCACGAUGACAGUCGGCACUUUCAUAAUCAUAUAUUAUAUAUUGCUAACAGCAUUAGCUAUUUUUUGUAGUCAGAAGAAAAUAAAUAUUUAUUUAUUUCAAUUCAUUUAAACCAAACAGGCACUUUUUAAAAUUAGAAAAUAUUUGAAGACUCAAAUUUUUUUGAUUCUUUUUGUUUUUAUUCUAUGACUUUGUGUUUUAUUUGUUAUUAUUUAUUUCAGUGGUGGCUAUUCUGUUUUCAGACAGUUUACUUUAUGUUUUUCUUUUUUUAUUAAACGUAAAUGUGCACCUUUAAGGCUAAAUUAGUUUAUUUGGCCCAUUUUUUUAACGUAGAGAUGUUUUGAAGCCGACCAUCACGUAUGAUAACAAUCGUAUCUGUAAAUAAACAUCUCACUUCCUUCCUUUCUUGGUCUAUCUGAUCUGUGCACUCGUUUUUGUCAACUCAAAUAAACUUUAUGCAUCGUGUUCUCUGUUUCCAGAUUCUUUGUAUGAAUGGAUUUCAUGGAGUAUUUUUUUUCUAAUGUGAAAAUAACCUCUAGAUUUGUCCUAAUGUGUGUUUAAAGGUUACAAUAUUAGUUAUUUGCUCUGUCUUUGCCAUGCCAUUCUCUUGUGUGUGU